AGCACAGCAGAGGAAAGAUUAUCUUGGACAGAGUGCAAGAGAAACAGUGUUCCCAUAGCUGCAGAGAAUGGAGGCUAGCAUGGACCUGCUCCACAGCUCCGGCGUGGAAAUGGUGCGGUAUCUCCAGGUGAACUACAGGGACUCCCAGAGCUGGUUCACUUUAAUCUCUGUGGCUGCCGACCUGAGAAACACUUUCUACGUUUUCUUCCCCAUCUGGUUCCACCUGUACGAGGCAGUGGGCGUCAAACUCAUCUGGGUGGCCGUCAUCGGAGACUGGCUCAACCUCAUCUUUAAAUGGAUAUUAUUUGGUCAGAGACCUUACUGGUGGGUUCAUGAAACUUCGUACUAUGGCAAUUUAUCUGUUCCUGUGUUGGAGCAAUACACAAUUACCUGUGAAACAGGGCCAGGAAGUCCCUCUGGCCACACCAUGGGUUCAGCAGGAGUUUGCUAUGUGAUGGUGACGGCGAUAGUGACCAGCACCUUUCGGAAAAAACAACAUUCUAUCAGAAACUGGUGCCUCCGUGCUUUUCUGUGGGGAGCUUUCUGGGUUGUUCAGCUCUGUGUUUGUGCAUCCAGAGUCUUUGUAGCUGCACAUUUCCCCCAUCAAGUCUUCAUGGGAGUCAUCUCAGGAAUGGUUGUGGCUGAGGCGUUUGGCCGGAUUAAUGCAAUCUACAAUGCAAGCCUUAAGAAGUAUCUGCAGAUCACUCUCUUGCUGUUCUCCUUUGCUCUGGGUUUCUACCUGCUGUUGAAAGCGCUGGGAGUCGACCUGCUGUGGUCAGUGGAGAAAGCCCAGAGAUGGUGUGCCCAAGCCGAGUGGGUCCACAUUGACACCACCCCCUUCGCUGGGCUGGUCAGGAACAUGGGAGCCUUGUUUGGACUGGGAUUGGCUCUGAACUCGCCCAUUUACACCGAGAGCUGCAAGGGGAAGAGAGGCCAGCAGUUCUGCUUCAGGAUAAGUUGCAUUGUGGCCUCGUUGAUCGUCCUGCACCUGUUUGACUCGGUGAAGCCUCCCGCACAGAAGGAACUUCUGUUUUACUUCCUAUCCUUCUGCAAAAGUGCUGCCGUGCCUGUGGCGGCUGUGGCAAUCAUCCCAUUUUCAGUAUCGCAGGUCAUGAACCAACAAGAGAAAAAGGUGCUCUAAGUGUCUGCAACUUUAAUAUUUGCCCAUUAAUACAGAAACCUCUCGCCAAAUCAAAUCACUUUGACUUUGGCUAGUUUGAGACAGAACCUAAACUCACCUUGGAAAAGGUGCAAGGGCAGCAAGCUUGAAUUGAAAAGAGUGGUCUUGUUAAACAUGUAAUUUAACCAGAUGAUCCAGAAAAAAUUUAUGUGCCAGACGUGUUCUGAGAAUGAAUUUACUGCAUAGAUUGACAUUUGCAUUUUUAAUUGCAAUCUGUUUUAGUAAUCUGGUUCUUCUGUUACCUUACACAUUGUCUGAAUCAUGCUAUUACCCUGCACAUCACUGUGUGGUAAGAAUGAAAGAGAAAAGGGAUAUAUUUUGGAUGCCAUUGUUUUGCUUUCCCUGGGCUCCUGGUCAAUUAGGCUAUCUAUUUCAAGGGAAUAUUGAAGCCUUCUGAUAACCCAAUGGGAGCCUGUGGGCAUAGUGUGUUACAAACUAUCUUUUCUUCUCUAUUGAGCCAAUUACUUUUGUCUGGGUUACUUGGGAUAGGGCUCCAGCUUGUUAUUAUCAUGUGUAGGCAUAUGUGAACAAGUCAAUAGCAUGAGUCAGUCUGUGGUGGAACAUCCUGCCAAUACUUAAUCAACAUGCUUACAUGUGAAGAGAAGGCCAAUCAGAGGCACAUAAUGCUUUGGGGAGCUGAGGAAAAAAUGAUGUUGCUUUUUAGUUUGGCAUGGUGUGGGGGGGGGGGGCUAUGUUAGAUAAAUGGAACUUUGCUCAAUACUGUGUAAGGUCGGAGAAGAGCUGCUGUUGUAUCGGGACCACCUCUUCAGAACAAUUUCUGUAAAGUAAGGACUUGAAAAUGUACAUACCUUCAAUGCACUAUGAAUGCAAUGGGAUAAAGCAACUUUUUUCUGACUGGAUGGAUGGUAAUUUAUUGUAUAUCAGUGUUUUCUAUCACAGAGAUAGAGAAAUCUGUUAGGUGCUUCAGAAGGACAAUUAGCAAAAUACUGCAGAUGCUGGAAGUCUGGAAUGGAAAGUAGAAGAUGGCAGAAAGUCAGGGGACACGAGAUUCUGCAGAUGCUGGCAAUCCAGAGAAACACACACGAAAUGUUGGAGGAACUCAGCAAGCCAGACAGCAUCUAUAGAAAUGAAUGAACAGUCGACAUUUCAGGCUGACACCCUUCUCUCGGACAUUUGUGGAGACAGAAACAGAGUUAGUGUUUCAGGCUGAUAAACCUUUCAUCACAGCUGGAUGAAAAAUGUCACCAUUUUGAUCUUUUCCAUUAUGUGCUUCUUUGAAUAACUUGUAUGAUAGUUUUUAUUGUAAUAAAUAUUUUGAAUAUUUUGAAAUUUA